UAAGGUCUCCAACCGUCCUUCACCCCCCGAAUCUCUGUCAGCGAUGGAGACUUGGGCUGGCUUCUGCCCAGGCUUGCACUUAUCUCUGGGUAUCUGGGUGAUGAUAGCCGCUCAUACCCUACAAAAUGCCAAGGCGGAGAUAACUUGCGCAUCUUGCCCGUCGCCAGUUCAACUUCACCAGGAGAAAUUACAGCUGGGGAUCCGCACCGACCCGACAGAGGAGCCUGCCGCCCUAAAAAACAUCCGAGCAGAGUUUAAGGAACUCGGAGUUACCGACCAGGAUACUGAAAUGGACGGCGACCAUGAGGCAGGCAUUUCUGCCGAGGAUGUCCCCCAGUUCCCCCAAGAUGUCAGUUUGGAUGGAGUUAGUACACCGGAAGAUACACCCGGGUCCAGAGAAAAAAGUCGCCGCAACAGUGCCGACCAAGAGAUGGCUGAGGAUGCUGCACUCCGGAGAGCAAAGAGAAGCGGUCAUGAGUUUGCCGAGUUCGGUGAGAAUGGGUGGACCGGAGGGGCUGGCGUGGAAGCGGGCGCUCCGGAUGAUCGGGGUUCUAUGUUAGAUGCGUACAGGCAAGGCAGAUCAGAAAUCAGAUGGAACAGGGACGAAGGGAGAGGAAAUAACCGUCAGGAUGAGCCCAAGCUCACCAGCAGCACUUUCGCUCUGACGGGGGACUCUGCGCAUAACCACGCGGUGGUGUACUGGUCGGGACAGAAUAGCAGCGUGAUCCUGAUUCUAACCAAGCUCUACGACUUUCACAUUGGCAGCGUCACAGAGAGCACACUUUGGAGAUCAACCGACUAUGGCUCCACAUAUGAGAGAAUGAAUGACAAAGUUGGAUCCAAGACUGUCCUCAGUUACCUGUACGUCUGUCCGUCUAACAAGAGGAAGAUUAUGGUGUUGACAGAUCCGGAGUUUGAGAGUAGCGUGCUCAUCAGCACUGAUGAGGGAGCCAGUUACCAGAAGUACCGCCUCAGUUUCUACAUCCUGAGCCUUUUAUUCCACCCCACCGAAGAGGACUGGGCCUUAGCUUAUAGUCACGACCAGAAGCUGUACAGCUCGGUAGACUUUGGGAGAAAAUGGCAGCUCAUCCACGAGCAUGUCACGCCGAACAGAUUCUACUGGUCAGUCGCAGGCCUCGAUAAGGAGCCAGAUCUGGUCCACAUGGAGGCUCACACACCUGAUGGAAAUGUGCAGUAUGUCACAUGCAGAGCUCAGAUAUGCACAGAGGCUAACAGGAACUACCCGUUCCCUGGAUUCAUCGACAUCAGCUCUUUGGUGGUUCAAGAUGACUACAUAUUCAUACAGGUUCCUACAUCAGGACGGGCCACGUAUUAUGUGUCCUACAAGAGAGACCCAUUCAUACAAAUUAAACUGCCCAAAUAUUCGCUGCCUAAGGAUUUACACAUUGUCAGCACUGAUGAGAAGCAGGUAUUUGCAGCGGUGCAGGAGUGGAACCAGAACGACACCUAUAACCUCUACCUGUCUGACACCAGAGGGAUCUACUUCACCUUGGCCAUGGAAAACGUCAAGACCACUAGGGGCAUUGGAGGGAACCAGAUGCUCGACCUAUACGAGGUGGCUGGAAUUAAAGGCAUGUUAAUUGCUAACAAGAGGCACGACAACCAGGUGAAAACCUACAUCACUUACAACAAAGGCCGGGACUGGAGGCUCCUGCAGGCUCCUGCAUCCGACCUGGAGGGGAACGACAUCCACUGCAUCCUGCCUUUCUGUUCUCUUCAUCUACAACUACAAAUGUCUGAGAACCCUUACCUGUCAGGAACAAUUUCCACCAAGAGUUCUGCACCGGGAAUCAUAGUUGCCACAGGAAAUAUUGGAGCAGAGCUGUCUUACAACAAUGUUGGCAUGUUCAUAUCAUCUGAUGCUGGCAAUAGCUGGAGACCGAUUUUUGAAGAGGAGCACAAUAUUUGGUUUCUGGACAAAGGGGGGGCCCUUGUUGCUGUGAAACAGCCGUCUGUGCCAACUAGAAAUUUGUGGGUCAGCUUUGACGAAGGGAGGCAGUGGACCCAGCACAGCUUCUCCUCAGUGCCCCUGUUUGUGGACGGAGUGCUGGUGGAGGCUGGAGCUGAGAACCAAAUCAUGACCUUUUUUGGACACUUCAGCCACCGCUCUGAAUGGCAGCUCAUCAAGAUAGACUACAAGUCCAUCUUCAGCAGGAAAUGCACAGAGGAGGACUAUCAAACCUGGCACCUGCACAACCAGGGUGAGCCGUGCGUCAUGGGACAAAAACAGAUUUACAUGAAACGCAGGCCUGGAAACUACUGCAUGCUGGGAAAGGACUACUCGAGAAUCCUCUCGGCUGAGUCCUGUAUUUGCAGGGCUCAUGAUUUUGAAUGUGAUUAUGGAUAUGAGCGCCGCAAUGACGGGAACUGCAGGCCAGCCUUCUGGUUCAAUCCUUCCACCGUUUCCUGGAGCUGCAGCCAGGGUCAGAACUAUUUCAACAGCACGGGUUACCGUAAAGUGGUGCUGAACAACUGCACUAAAGGAGUGAAGGAAAUGUACACGCCCAGAAAGCAGCAGUGCCCCAACAGACCUCCUAAAGGACUCUUGCUGACCACCAAAGAUGGCAGACUCACUGCCAACCUGGGCAGCAACGUCACCUUCUUGGUGCAUUUGGAUGAGGGCGACUCGCUGCGGACUAACAUCCAGCUGGAUUUUGGUGACGGGACGGCCGUUUCAUACUCCAAUCUGAGCUGGACCGAGGACGGGAUCAAACACGUCUACAAGACUGCAGGAAUAUUCCGGGUCACAGCAUUCGCAGAGAACACGCUCGGCUACGACACCACGACACUCUACCUGCACGUCACCUGUCCAGUGGAGCAUGUCCAACUUCUCGCUCCCUUUGUGGUCAUCAGAAACAAAGAAGUGAACAUCACAGCGGUGGUCUUACCGAGCCACUCACGCACAGUCACCUACUUCUGGUGGCUGGGAAACAAUACUGAGCCAGUGAUAACAUUGGAUGGGAGCAUCUCGUACACGUUUCCGAGUGAGGGGACGCACACGGUAACGGUCCAGGUGGCUGCCGGUAACACCAUCUUACAGGAUACGAAGAGCGUAGCAGUCAAAGAAUUCUUCAAAUCUCUACUUUUAUCUUUCUCCCCUAAUCUGGACGAGUUCAACCCCGACAUACCCGAGUGGAGGCAGGAUGUGGGGAGAGUAAUUAAGAAGGCUCUGCUCCAAGUGGCUGACUUCCCGGAGGAGCAACUCCUGGUAGCGGUGUUCCCUGGAGUGCCAACAGCUGCUGAGCUCUUCCUGUUGCCUUACAAGAACCAAUCAGAAGGCAAGAAAAAGAGCGAGGAAGUGCUAGAGCAGGCGUCUGACAUAAUUGUAAGCGCGCUGAACCAAAACCUGGUGGAGUUCGAGCUGAAGCCUGGCAUCAGGGUGAUUGUUUACAACACACAGUUAACACUCGCACCCUUGGUGGACUCGAGCCCCCGGCACAGCAGCUCAGCUAUGCUCAUGCUCCUGUCGGUGGUGUUUCUCGGCCUCGCGGUGUUUCUCAUCUACAAAUUCAAAAGAAAAAUACCUUGGAUCAACAUAUAUGCUGAGGUUAACCAGGAGAAGGAGCAGGAGAUGAUCGGCUCAGUGGGCCCAGGAGACGGCACGCCCAAAAUCACUCUGAGUGAGUUCUCCACAUCCAAAGAACUCAUGGAGAAGGAGCUGGACGCCAGGGUCAAACGGGGAGUCGGAAACGCCUGCGAGAGCACAAGGGAGAUUCCAAACUGUACCAGUGUGUAAAACUGGGAGAGCACCAGUUUGUGUACAGAGCCAAGUGUUACAGUGUCGGAGGUUAUCUUUUUCUGUUUUGUAAUUCUCAACACAACUGAUGUUAAUAGUUUUCUAAGGGACCUCAUUUAUACAGACUUGCAUGGAUGUGUCGUUCAGCAGCAUCCAUGCAGCUAAUGUCAAUCUACUCAAUGAGAUCAUUGUAAUUACUGACAAAACUUACUCAGUUUUGUGGAUGUAUAAGCUACAUAGCAGCAUUCAUUUGCAAAGUGAAAUAUCUUUCGUGGAAACCUCUGAAAAGUUAUGUAAAUUUCCUAAAGGAGUUUGCUUUGAAAAUCAUUUCUGCCUAUAUAUAGACUAUAAUGUUGGAGUCUUCAAUCAAACAGGGAAUAUUAUUGAAAUGUACAAUACUAUCAUUUGUUCUGUUAAAUGUAUAUAUUAUUCCUUUCUACAUGCUUGUAGUCUGAGUACCAUGGCAGCAACAGCAGACCUGACGAUGGUCUCUCUUUUUUUUUUUUCCUUCAAAGUGUGUUUAAAAAGUCAAACAUUACUUAAAGAAACCAGUUUGUUUUGCUGAGGUCCUUGACUUGUGCAUGUUCUUUCUGAGGACACAAUUUCUGUGUUGUAGAUAAGCAAGUGUUGUAAAUAGUUAUUUUCUAAUCAUCUGUUAAAAGAGCCCAGUUGAUUCUGCCAAUUCUGUUUUGCUCUCAUUUUCUUCAGUCAACUGUUGGCCAACAUGAACCUGGUAGAAAGGACUUAUUAUUGCAGGUAGAGCUGGACUGGCAUAUUGCAGAUAUCCCAACUUUUCUCUGAAAAUAAAAUUAAAGGCAUCAACAGCAGGCUCAUUUUCAAGAUGUUUGCAUUUUAAGCAGAAAUAUAAAAUCGGAUACUUUUAACUCGAUGACUGUCAAACUCUCUGAACCAAACAGUAUUUGCAACUAGAGCCGGACCGAUUUAUUGGCGGGCUGAUAUUAUCGGACGAUUUUAGCUAUUAGCAUUUUUAAAGACCGAUAAAUGAAAAUUUAGAAAGAUAUGAGAAACACCCUUCAGAUAUGUUAUGAGUGCUGUUGUUAGUGCUGUCCACCAGAGGGCACUCUGCAACUUCCCUGUUCACAGCACACUUAGACUGCCACAAACACAACAACCAGCUGAUCGACCAGAACUGGGCGGAGCAUAAACAAAUAAUUAACUAAAAAUAGCAAAUGUAAGCGAACUCUGUUCAAAUCACCAAAUAUCUGUAUCAGUAUUGGUCUUAAUACUUUGUUUGGGUACAAAAGCUGAAUCACUGUGAAAUCUUCCUGCAGUGACCAGUGGCUUAAAGUUGGGUUGUGGUUUCUGGUUCUACUUUGGUUUGUGGCAAAACACCAAAUUUGCUCAGCUCAGUUUCUGAUGAAGCUCCUGUAAUCUGUAAUCUCAUACAGUUUUUUUAGCCAUGAUGGUGCUGGCUGUUCAUCUGGCCAAUCCAUGUGUGGUGUUGAGUCUGCACCAGACUCAACAGUAAUAGGAUGGACUGCUUUAAAACAGUUGUGGUACUAAUAUGAAGUUACUCUAGUGGGUAACUUAAUAUUGACAAAUCCUGGACUUACCCACUAACACCACCAGGAUGUUGACAUGGGUUUAAAUCCAAAGUUAUUUUAGCCGUAAUAAAAUCUGGUCAGGAUUUGAUUAUGACAACACUUGAAACUAAUGGUAUUGUUCGUUUCAUUUAUUAACAAAUAUAUGCUAACAUGCUAAACUUUGAUAGCAAAUGUGAUAAGUCAUUAUGUUUGCUAAUGCUGACAUCAGUAUGUUAAUAUUGUCAUUGCUAGCAUGCCAUCAUUUAGCUAAAGAGACUGAUGAGUGAAGUACAGCAUGGCUGUCAAACUCUUCAAGUGUACAAGACUCAAGUUUUGUUAUUGUUUUUGACCUCACCAGAGCAGUGGAUUCAAUAUUGUCAUGCC